GCGAUUUGCAAAGUGGUGAGUAGUGACUUCACGUUCGAUCCUGUUUCAACCCAAAGUGUGUGGUAUUUGCGGGGCUGGGAGGACGCGUGAAUUGAGCCCAGCCCGUUCAUGAUGAAGCUAACUGUGAAGACCACGAAGGACAAAUAUACAGUGGAGGUGGAGGACGGGGCCGAUGUCAAGAUUUUGAGACAGAAGGUGGCCGAUGAGGCAAAGGCUCCUUUGGAACAAAUCUGCCUUAUAUUUGCCGGAAAAAUCCUUAAAGAUGGCGAAACGCUCGAGUCACACGGACUCAAAGAAGGACUCGUGCUACAUCUUGUGAUCCGUGGCUCGAACAAAGCGGCUGCGCCCUCCUCUAAUACCGAUAAUUCAUCAACAACAGGUACUGGAACAUCGACACAGCAGCAACAGGCCACGGGCUCAGCCGCGUCUAAUUCAGGCGGUAUUUUAAACUUACUUGGAUUAGUAGGUCUGGCUGGUUUAGGAAAUCUGGGCGGUUUAAGCAGCGUAGGAGCUGAUGGUGGCUCGUUCCAGGCAAUUGAGCAGCGUAUGCAACAGGAGGUUAUGAACAAUCCAGAAUUAAUGCAACAGCUUAUGGACAACCCGAUAAUACAGAGCAUGAUAUCGAACCCCGAAUUCCUUCGUACAAUGAUUAACGCUAACCCGCAGAUGCGUGCGAUCAUUGAGAGAAACCCUGAGUUCGGUCACGUUCUUAAUAACCCCGAAGUGCUGCGGCAAACGAUGCAAAUGGCCCGUAAUCCGGCAGCAUUCCAGGAAAUGAUGCGCAAUCAAGAUCGUGCUUUGUCCAACCUUGAAUCAAUUCCCGGCGGCUACAAUCAGUUACGACGAAUGUACACAGACCUUCAGGAGCCCAUGUUGAACGCCGCUUCGGAACAGUUCGGUGGAAAUCCCUUUGCCGCGCUCAGCAAUAACUCGAACUCGGAUAGCGACAAUAGUACAAGGUUAACGCCGUCGACGACAGAGAACCGUGACCCACUUCCUAAUCCAUGGGCAGCCAACGCGCCCCAAGCCGGAAGUACAGGUGGAGGCGCAGGCAGUCCAUUAGGUGGAAUUAGGGGCGGCAUGGAAUCCAUGAUGAAUCAGCCUGGAAUACAGUCACUUCUCUCUCAACUGCAGUCAAAUCCCGAAAUGAUGCAGAGUAUGAUGUCUUCUCCGUAUAUGGAGACCUUAAUGCGGUCUCUAACUAACAGUCCUGCCCUAGCCGAACAGCUGAUCGCUAGCAACCCCCUGUUCGCUAAUAACCCCGCAAUGCAAGAACAGAUGCGGCAGAUGAUGCCCGAGUUUCUUGAGCAGAUGCGUAACCCUCAAAUGCGCGAUCUACUGACGAACCCUCAGGCAUUGGAAGCUAUCCAGCGUAUACAGGACAGUAUGUCACAGUUAAGUCGUAUUGCACCCGGAGUGUUUCCAACUGGACAACAAACUACCCUCACCGGCGGCGCUGUUGCAGCGAGUGAAACCGCUGCACCCGCCUCAUCGCCAAGCGCAAGGCCAGCAACAAAUGGGUCGCCUUCAGGUAACACAGCUGAUCCCGACGCUUUGGGUAGCCUUAUGGCAAACCUUUUACAAGGUGGGCUUGGCACAGGGGCUCAACCACCAGAAGAACGAUUCCGUACCCAAUUAGAGCAGUUGGCAGCAAUGGGCUUCGUCAAUCGUGAGGCCAACAUCCGCGCUCUGAUAGCCUCGUUCGGAGAUGUCAAUGGUGCCAUUGAGCGACUUCUGCAGUCUCAGUGAUAAGUGACGACGACAGUUACUCACGUUUGGGGGUUGCUAUAUAGCCCAAAAGCAACCACUUUACACGUGGAGCGAACUCAGCGACAUGACGAUUUGCGGUCUCUCAAUCUUGUUUCCAAUAUAUAAUGGUUAAUGGAGCAAUGUCGUUGGCACCGGUAUCACUUCCCACCGUCGUGAUUUCGGAGCCCAAAGAAUUUUAACAAGGAACAGAAAAAGGCGCACGUCUCCCUUCGGUAGGCCGCACUAAUAUUUGGUGCAACCAUCCACCUGUCGGGAACCGUACUGCGUUGUUUGGCACUAACUAAGGAUGAAAAAAUGCCAGGACAAAAAUUACGCUAAAAAAUAAAGCAACAAAAUGAACUUGUACGGGAAGGAAAACUCGAAAAUCGCCGAAGUAACUAAAAAUGAGUGAAAUGCAAAAACAUAAUUGAACAUAAGCCUCUAUAUUUAUACCGAUUAUUACAAGCGAUAUAUAAAUACAUUAAGUAAUUAUGCUGCUAUUAUAUUACCUUCAAAUUGAACCGAUUUUGCGGAGACUGAUAGAACGUGCAAAAAAAAUGAUAAAUAUAGCUUAUAUAAGUAACACAGA